GCUGCAUCGAGCGCACGGCACAGCAACUGUUUUAUAACGUCUAGAAUAGUAGUUGUAAUGCUAAGCAGGCUUAUUCGAAAGCUUUUUAAUCGUCUAAGUGAAAGAGAAAAACAAACGAAUGCUUCAUUAAAACUGAGCUCGAGCUGUUUUUUGUUUUAUUUUAUUUUUUAACUUUUUGUUUUGUUUUGGUUUUUUUUACUCUCGUUUGGUUAAAGUGUUUGGAGUGUGCCUUUGGGUUUGCCAUAGCAGCUGAUCCGUGUUGUUGUCAAACAGGAAUGUGGGCGUGUUAGCUGAGUAUCGUCAAAUGAAGCAAUAAACUAACAUACAUAUAGUCAGCACUUGUGUGCGGUAAAGGGAAAUGGGGAAUACAUCCAGUGACAGGGUCUCGGGUGAUCGUCAUGCGGCGAAAUCCCACCGCAGUGAUGGGGUCUCAAGCAGCCAGGCAGUUAAAGAACAAGAAACGAGCAAAAUCAUGGUGGACAGCGCUGACGAUCCCAACAUCUUCAACACACACAUCCUGGAGUCAAAGCCUUCAGCGGAGAAGGAGUUUUUGCAUUUCAUACCUGAUUCUGAUGAAGUAGUAAAGCCACCACAGCAGGGAAGACCCACUGUGAUUCGCUGGGCAGGAGGUGGGAAGGAGGUGUAUAUUGCAGGGUCAUUCAACAGUUGGGCCACUAAGAUCCCACUCAACAAAAGCCACAAUGACUUUGUUGCAAUCCUUGACCUGCCAGAGGGCGAGCACCAGUACAAGUUCUUUGUGGAUGGGCAGUGGGUGCACGACACCUCAGAGCCGGUGGUUACCAGCCAGAUGGGAACUAUUAACAACCUGAUCCAGGUGAAGAAGUCUGAUUUUGAAGUGUUUGACGCCCUGAAUGUAGAUUCCCUUGAGUGCUCCGAUUCGUCAGACCUGUCCAGCUCUCCCCCAGGCCCCUAUGGCCAGGAGGUCUACACAUUUCAGCCUGAAGAGCGCUUUAAGUCUCCACCCAUUUUACCUCCUCACCUGCUGCAGGUUAUCCUGAAUAAGGACACCAAUAUUUCAUGUGACCCUGCCUUGUUGCCUGAGCCAAACCACGUGAUGCUAAAUCAUCUCUAUGCACUGUCUAUUAAAGACGGGGUUAUGGUGCUGAGUGCGACCCACCGGUACAAAAAGAAAUACGUCACUUCUUUGCUCUACAAGCCUAUCUGAUCUCAACUCCAGUAGUUUAUUUUCUCAGCAUGUUCAUACUCUGUUCAGUAUCACCGCUGUUUGCUGAGAUUGCACUGAAACUGGUUUACAAUAGGGAUAUGAGGCCUGCAUCAGCUGAUAGGUGGUCAUGUUUUAGAAGAUUGACAGCACAGUAAAACCUUAAAUCUACAAAACCCUAUUAAAUUGUUUUGUUAAAAUUGGAUACUUGCAUCAUCUAAACCAGGGGUCUCCAACCCUGGUCCUGCAGAGCCCCUAUCCAGCAGGUUUUAUAGGUGUCUUUACAUCAGUGGCUAAAGAUCUGGAACACCUGUUAAUCUUGACUAAUUAAGCCAAUAAUUGGUUCAAUUAAGUAACUGAGAGAUUGGUUGACGUGAAAACCAGCAGCCACAGUAGCUCUACAGGACCAGGGUUGGAGACCCCUGAUCUAAACUUUCAAUACAUGUGCACUGGACCAUACACUAGUGUGUAAAUUUAUUAUAACAUCUCAAGAUUUGCCAUUUUAUAUCCUUUAUAUACACCUACCUGCAUGAAAACCUCUUGAAUGUGAGAAUUCAAAAUGUCGGUCAGUAAUCGGCAAUAGAGAAACAAAAUCGUGUGAAAAUGUUAGCUCACUUUGAGCUUUAAUUAGGCAUCUUAAAUGGCUUCUAUAAAGUCUCAUGCUAUGUACUCAUUUUAUCUUAUUAUUUUAAAUUAAUUGCAUGUGUGGCCUAUUAAAGUCAUCAAUUAAAUUAGACACUAAUUUGCCUAUUUUUACAACGUAUCAAGAUUUUCAGUUAGUUGUUUGAUUUCAUAUGCACACAAAUAAAUGGGGUGUUGUAAUACAUUUGCACACUACUAUAUAUAUAUACAAACAAGUUAUUUUCAUUUACUUUGCAGUUAUUUAGUGGAUUAACAUACUGAAUUAAUUUAAAAUGUAUUUAUAACAAGGGAAGAUACGUAUCUGUUUUGCACUACAUUGUAGCCAAAAGUCAUUACAGACAGAUGUUACCAUGGCAAGCUGAGAACAUAUGACAAUUACUGGUGAUCAAUGCCAAUUAGCAGUGGAUGUGUAUCUCCUUAAUGUUCAUUUGGGAGGCUUGAAAGUUCAAAUCAACUGAAAAAUAUAUACAAGCAACACACCAUUUUACAAACUUAAAUGGAAACUAAGAUUUAAAGACAAUAAUGUUUGCUCAACCAAACAUAUAUAUAUAUAUAUAUAUAUAUAUAUAUAUAUAUAUAUAUAUAGUUACAAUAUGGCAAUUGCAAUAUACUUAUUUGGCAUGAAUCAUGUGUAAGGAAAAGUCUUUUCUAUAGAAAUGACAUUCUUAUGAGUUUUGUGAAGGGUGCGUGCAGGCCUCACGUUGCCUUCUUUCACAGAAUGCUGCAAGCACAUUACCUGUGCAUUUGUCAAUGCUGUGAAUAUGAAUGUUAAGAUAUAAGCUUUAAACUAUGCAGAUGAAAAAUCCUGUACUCUUAUUAUUUUAAAGAGUACUGGGUCCUCAUUAACUUUAAUUGCAGUGGUGGCUAUGAUAUAUUUGCGUGUUUACUUAUUAGGAACAUACUUAUAUUUAUAUAAAAGAUGCUCUAGUGUUAUGCUAGAAAGAUAAUUUUUAUUGUAUACAAUCCCCCAAAUUCUUCUUCUUUUUUUAUUUACUGCAACAGGUUAUGGAAAUCUCUUUUAAAAGUAUCAAGCUGUACAAAGUAUGACUAAAGUGAAACCUAGAAAACUUGACUAGCAUUAAAAAAAAAAACUUAAAAACUAAAAUAAUAAAUCAUUACAAAAAUGCAAUUUAAAGAUUAGUAAUAUUUAAAGACACAAUUUCUUAUUGCCAGUAGUGUUUUACAGAGUUUAGAAGGGCUCAUGAUAUAAUUAGGAAUUGAAAAUUGUAUUUUAUACAUGCUGUCCAUAUUGUGCCUUUCCAAUGUGCUAUGAAUUAUUAUAAUUUAUUUUUCGAAAUGAUUGGCUCCAAAAAAUAGCUUUGGAAAAGCUUCACUUUAUCCAUUGUGUGCUGGUUUGUUGGACAGCAGGCUUAACAGUUACAGCAAUGUAUCUUCUGACCUGAUACUGGUGUAGCAUGCUCAAUUAAAUUGGGGCAUUGCUGGAUCAAGAUUCAGCAGUUCAAAAGAUCAGUAUUAAUUUACUGAACAUGUUCUCGUUUAUUUUUAUUUUAGCCUAAAGGUACAGAAAUGUGUAUUGUCACCAACGUCGUAACCAGAGCUGACAUUCUACCGAGGUCAAACUUGGGUUUCAAGCUAUAGCUGGCAGUAUUUAUAUGACUGCUUGGUAUUUACUAUUCAACCUCCAAAUCUAUGAUACAUAGCAAACCAUCAGAGAAAAUUAAGGAGUCAUUUGUAUUUUAGAAUUUUUACAUGAGCAUCAGCAUUGAUGAUGCAAAAAAACAACCAAGGACAUGACCUCGGGGUCCUCAUAGCUAGUUAAGACCAUGAUUGUCACUGAAAGUUAUGUUACUGAAAAUAAGAAGAACUGAGCAUUUAAGUGUUUAAUGUACUAGUAACAGCACAUUUAGACAGUUAAAUGAUCAAGUAUCUGAAACCACAGGUGUGAAGUAUAAUGCACUGACAUACACUGAACCUGUAUUGAGUUCAAAAGAUAAUUACAUUGUGACUUUUAUUGUAUACACCAAGGUGUCUGUGUGUUUGUUUAGAAGAAACCUGGACAGCAGAAACGUAACUUAAAAUAAGUGACUGUGCUUUAACAAAUUGGCUUGUACUGUAUGCCUUACAGCAUCCUUGUGUUUCUGAAGAUGUAGAAUGCUGAUGUGUUUUGUAAUUUAUUGCACCUGUUUACAACUAAUAAAAAAGGGAAGUAUG